AUGAAACGUGAAGCAGAAGCAAAGGUUGCUGUAGCGAAAAGAGUGUCUGUCACAAGGCGCAGCCAGCGCAUUCUGGCGAAGGUUUCUGCAACACCAAGACUUAAGCAGGAGGAAACUGAACUCGAAUUGCCGCCUACACCGGCCCGAAGUGGAAAGCCAACACCGGAUGCAAGCAUUUCUCCAGAUGAACCGAAGAUCAAGGUCGAGUAUGAGUGUUUGGCAAAGACCUCUACUGAAACUACUGUAUCAGCUCUUAAAACUGAACUUGAUGGGGAACUAUAUUCAAAAUCUAUUUCGAAGCAAGGAAGUAAUUCUCCUCCAAUCAUUAAAAGCGAGUUACAGGCAGUGGUCUCCCCAAGUUCGAAGGCUAGACAACAUUUGGAGUAUGCCUCCAAUCCGAAGCAAGAAGACGAGGUUCCUCCCAACGUAUUCCCGCCAUAUCUAGGAGAGCUUGAGGAGGGUCAGCCAGCUAAUUGGAUUGAAAUCUACAACGAGAUUGUCCGGAUGAGGGCACUUAUAACCACUCCAGUAGACAAUAUGGGCUGCGGACGCAUGCCAACGUCACUCAUGAACAACAGUGCGGUUCUGGACCGGCGCACUUUUCGCUUCCAGCUUCUCAUAGCACUUAUGUUGUCGUCGCAGACCAGGGACGAGACAAAUUUUGCCGCUAUGACCACCCUUCACGAACAUUAUCGCGCAAAAGGUUACCCUGGACUCUGUCUCGAUGCUGUCUUGGCGCUGACUGAGACGGAGGUUGAUAAAUGUAUUUCCAAAGUUGGGUUCCAUACACGUAAGGCUAUGUACAUAAAAAAGGCUUGUGAGAUGCUAGCUCAGAACUUCAAUGGCGAUGUGCCUCAGACCAUCGAGGAAGUGGUCUCACUUCCGGGUGUCGGACCGAAAAUGGGCCAUUUACUCCUCCAGAAUGGCUGGGAUAUCAACCUGGGCAUUGGUGUCGACGUCCACAUCCAUAGAUUAGCACAGAUGUGGGGCUGGGUGCCAAAAACAGACAAACCUGAGGUGACACGCUCAGCACUUGAGGAUUGGCUCCCGCAGCAGGUUUGGGCCGAUAUUAACCCGCUUCUUGUUGGCUUCGGGCAGACCGUUUGUCCAAUCAAGGCGAACAGCUGUGAUGUGUGUACUCUAUCGGAUGGUCUUUGUGAUGGCGUAAAUAAAAAGCUUGCGAGAACUCCGUUGACCGAGAAAAGAAUUCAAAAGAUUUCGAAACUGAGAGGCAAUUUAGACGGUCUUGUGUCACUACGAAUGGCAAAGGAUCUCUUAGAGGCGGAACGCCUAUCAUCUACGAUGAAAAAGGAGGAUUAA